AAUAUAUGUAUAUUUUAUUUCAUUACAUUAAUUCGAAUUUUGCAAGUACGGUUGUAUUUUUGUGUGUAACUAAAUUAGAUAAUUAUGCAUAAUAAGAAAGCUGAGAUUUUUCAGUAAAGCGUUUAUUUUGAGGAUGCGCUACAUCUCGGCGCAUAGAGGGGCAGCAGUGAUGUAACGUUAGCUAAGCUAACUGGAGCUUAUUGACCUGAUAGUGUUUUUGUAUUUUUAUAUUUAAACUAAAUGUAUACAUUUCUUAAAUAGUUUUUAUUUUGCCGCAUGAUUCUAUAAUAUAUUUCUCGUGAAUUAUAUUAUGUCCGGAAUUCUAGAACAUUCUCUUCUGAGAGUGUGCCUCAUCUUGAAUCAUGUGAAACUGAUGUUUUAGUACAACUCGUAUGCCUUGCUGUUUGUUUUUCUUCCUUAAAUUUCAGUUUUCCAGUACUUGUGGCAGUGCCCGGAGCCCUUGGCCUGAUGUCUGGCACUGUUUUUGCAGCAAGGAGGCCAAAGAAAACAACACCACCCUGAUGACGGAUGAGCUUUCACUCUGACACACCUGAGCCCCAGCUGAGGUACAAGGAGCCCGAGGUCGGUCAUGUUGAGCAGGCUGCAGCAUCUCUGAGGAAGACAGUGGAGCCUUAUAUUUCAUGGUGUCAGGAAAAGACACAGUUUGCCAUGGAGAAAGUACAGUCUUACUACAAGACAGUUGAGCCUGGUGUGAAUACCACUCAAAGUAUUGUAAAAGACAUGUAUGUGUUUUUGAACGACCCUCCAUCUGAGUUUUUCCCCAGUGUGGGUGUUAUAGGAUUCUCUGGAAUUCUUGGACUUUAUUUAGCAAAAGGCAGCAGAAUCAAGAGGCUGAUGUUCCCCACUGGGCUGAUGGUUCUGAGCACUUCCAUGUUCUACCCACAGCAUGCCGCCUCUGUUGCCAGGACCACAAAACACUACAUCUUUUCAUGGGGUUCAGAAGGGCGAGUUGUUUUGGAGGAGCUGCUGAGAGGGAAAUCAUCAUCCAAGGACAAAGUUGAAAAAACACAGAAAACAGCCAGCCAGAAAUCAAGUUGAGACAAAGCAGUACAUUUUACGAGGAGUUCCUGCUUUGCACCUGGUUCUCUUAUCAAUGCACUGAUCAGUUUAGUGGUAUUUGCUAUAUUAUUGUGUUGGUCGUGUUUACUGGAACUGUAUAUUUGACUGUGUUUUCUGUGCACUAUAUACAUUUACUUUUGUACAUAAAUGUACACUGCAGCAGUAACCAUUUGGACCAACCUGAAAAAAGAGCUACACACCUGACUUGCACUGUGAAAUUUCCAGACAUUUUUCAACAACUCAGUGACUUUUAGGUCUUACUGAUGGUUCCUAUUGUAUUUCCAAAAUUUUCUACACCAGUGUUGUCGUUGCAUUCUCUAGAACCUUCCCGUGCCACUAUACAAAGAUCAAAUUUCAAACUUGCAUAAGUUUUUAUAAUCUUCACAAACUUAUGAUUUCACAAACCACAUUGAAAAGAGUGCACCAUGCAACAUGAACCUAAUCUGGACAUAAUUUGGAUAUUCUGCAAAGUACAGUAUUCUCCAGGAGAGUUAUACCAUCCAUUCUGUGUUCAUUCACUCUACAGAGCAGAUAGUAGUCUGUUUUUUUUAUUGUUUUCACCAUUUUACCACUGUGACUAGGAGGAAAACUUGAAGGUGUUAACUUACGCAAAUAAUUAAUUACAAGACAUCACUUUUUCUUUUCCUUUUUUAUACUUUUAAUGCAUUAAAUUGGACACAAAUAAAAGACUAUUGAUAAGCUGAUCUGACAUACUAACUACAGAAUAUGAUUGAAAUAGAAGGAUGAAUACAAACACUACUGUAACUUCAUCUCAGAGUAAAUUGCUGUGUAUUAAUAUGAUGAAUACCCACAGAGUAUUUAAAAGUAUUUUUUGUAAGCAUUAAAGUAU